AAUACCAUCUGCUAACGGACAAUGUUGUAUACGAGUAGAAGGGGGUGGAAUGAGACAAAUAUGGCUUUUCUUUUCUUACCUGAUACCUCUCUCACUCUUUCUUCGUUCCAAAUUCCUCCUUGAACGUUUCCUCUCCUUAAGCCAUCAAUCUUCUCGCUCCAUCCCAUCACAAUGUGUUCUCUGGCAGCCUCACAACCCCUCACCCAUGAUGCAACACCAAUAAUCGAUGAGCUCAAAGUCAAGCUCAACGGCUAUACAAACGAUACUCAAACUCUCAAGGCUCCCCUACCGAAUCCAUCUUUGCAGGUCACGGCAGAUCACAACCUGAAAAGAGUCGAUGCGCCUGUGUAUGCACCCAAGGCUGGCGAGGUUCUUCUGCACAUCAAGGCCACUGGUAUUUGCGGUUCUGAUGUUCAUUUUUGGAAAACAGGAUGUAUAGGUUCCCUUGUAUUUGAAGGUGAUUGUAUCAUUGGACAUGAGGCCGCUGGUGUUGUGGUUCGUGUUGGUGAGGAUGUUACAGAUCUCAAACCUGGCGACCGAGUGGCUGUUGAGCCUGGUGUUCCUUGCGGUAAUUGCUUUCUGUGUAAAGACGGCCGAUACAAUCUAUGUGAAGAUGUUCAAUUCUCUGGGGUCUACCCUUACGCUGGAACUCUACAGAGAUACAAGAUCCAUCCUGCCAAAUGGCUUCAUAAACUUCCCGACAGUGUCUCUUUCGCCGAAGGCGCCCUUCUCGAGCCCCUGAGCGUCGUCCUCCACGGUAUAAACUCAGCUCCAAUCACCCUCGGAACACCUGCUGUGAUCUGUGGUGCUGGCCCUAUUGGCCUUCUCGCUCUCGCCGCCGCGCGAGCUUCUGGGGCCCAUCCCCUCGUCAUUACAGACGUCGAACCCAAGCGACUGGCUUUUGCAAAGGAGCUCGUUCCCACAGCUAUUACGUAUCAGGUUGACAUUAGCAAGAGCAACGAGGAGAAUGGCAAGGCCGUGAGAAAGCUGUUCGGUGAGACGGAGUAUGUUCAGCCCAGGGUUGUGUUUGAGUGUACCGGUAUCGAAAGCAGUGUAUGCUCGGCUGCGUAUAUGGUACGCCGUGGGGGUAUUCUCAUGGUUGUUGGUGUUGGCAGGUCGAUCAUGAACAAUCUGCCCUUCAUGCAUUUGUCUCUUGCCGAGAUUCAACUUCGAUUCAUCAACAGAUAUAAGGAUACCUGGCCAGCAGGCAUUGCGUGUAUCGAAGGGGGCUUGAUAGAUGCGAAGAAGUUGGUGUCGCAUGUAUUUCCUCUGGAACAGGCUCUUGAAGGAUUGACCUUGUCGGCAGACCCUAAGAAUGGAUGUAUCAAGGUGCAAAUUGUAGAUGAGACCGAGACAACGUAUUUUUAGGAGAUUCAGCGAUAGUCGUGCAACUACCCUAUAAACUUAGGUGUAGGUCCCCGUCUAUGGAUCCAUGAUACUGGGAUUGUAUUAGUGGAGCAGGCACUGAAACAAUUCCAUUGACCGCCACAACCUCAACCGUCUUGUCUUAUAUAACAAUGAAUGUCUAGAAGUUUAAAUUUCAAUCUUAGCCCAAGCCUUCCCGUCUUCUCAUCCGUCUUGGCUCCAGUUAGCCACAAUUAUUCCCUGAAUGCCGAGCCCACUAAGCCUCAGCGAUCCCAGCGUCAAGUUGGUGUGAUGACGUCGCAUUCUUCAUCGUCAAGGGGGCAUCUGACAUGGUAUUUUGGCCUCUUACUCGUCGUUGCCUGGGCCAAAUCUGGGGAUGAGGGUGUCGACAUGGAGCAAGGCUGAGUGAGUAUUUUAGCUGUCUACCUGCC